GUAGGUCUUUGUUUAUGAGAAAAGUCCAGAUCAUCAACGCCACUGUGCAGGACAAUGUCGGUGAGACGACCUUCCCUAGGUUGUUGUUAUUCCAGCUGCUCCCCCAUGCUGAUGCUCGUAGGAAUAUCAGUAAAAAACAGGAAGAAUCAUUGAAUCAGAGCAAAUGUACUCGAAAGCGAGAGUAAUGCUGCGAAAAUAGCUGACAAACCUUGCUUGAACGUCUGGAAUUCAAACGAUACUUCGCUAUGUUGCGAUCCAAUUCCGUAGAGUUCAGUUCAUUCAAAGUAGUCCUUUUAGGUGGUAACAGUGUAGGGAAAUCGUGGCUGCUUCACAGAUGCAUUCAUGGCUUGAUCGAUCAACGUAUCCCUUCCACCAUUGGAAUCUCCUUUUCUGUCAAGAGAGUAAAUCUUGAAGAUGACACACAGGUGAAACUUGUUAUUUGGGAUACCGCUGGUGCCGCAAGAUUUGACAGUUUGAGCUCAGCGCAGUGCGAAGGAGCUCACGCUAUCAUUGUUGUGUAUGACAUAACAGAGGAGACUUCUUUUGAAAGAGCGAAGAAGUGGGUUAAAGAGGUUCAGGAAAUGGCCAUCCCAAACAUUUUUCUGGCACUUGUAGGGAACAAAGCAGACCUUGAAGCUAACAGGAAAAUUAAAAGUGAGGAUGCUCAGAGCUAUGCCGAAUCCAUUGGAAUAGAUCUCUGCAUGGAAUUGUCAGCCAAGAGUGGAGGCAAUAUGGAAGAAUUGUUAUUGGCAAUAGGGUAUAACUUAAAGCUGGCGCAUAUGUCUGUGAAUGAUUUGAAGGAAACAAUAGAUAAAAAUUCCAAGACCUUAGAUCUUGGACGCAGAAAGCUGGUGAGAGUCCCUGACUCCGUCGCAGAAUUAAGGGAAGUACAAAUACUAAACCUUUCAGAGAAUGAUCUCACCCAGCUACCAAGAUGUUUGAACAAUCUGAAGAAUGCUACAAUGUUGAUCUUAAGCCAAAACAAGCUGAAACGGCUGCCAGAUGCUAUCAUUGAACUGACCAACCUGAUUUGUCUUAACGUGAGCGACAACCAGAUUUCCUGUCUACCUAAAGCUAUCAUAAGCCUGCAGAAACUUCAAGUGCUGGAUUUGAGGAAUAACAAAUUGCAAAGACUUGAUGCAGAUAUCAGCUGCCUGAAGCGACUUAAAAAGCUCUCUGUGAAUGGUAACCCCUUGGAACUAGAAGCAGUCAGAAGUCUAAUGGACCUAAAGGAGAAAUAUCAGGGAAGGAUUUGUUUGGAUAUUGCAGGUAGCUGUAAAAAAAUGCAAAUUUCUCUCUUGGCUAUCUCAUUUAAGACUGAUCUGAUUAGCACGUAA